AUGGAGACUAUGGUGGCAAGUGUGGGUACCCCACUCCAUGCUGCCACUGCAGCCAGUCCAAGUCAAAUCCCACCAACCUCACCACUGCAAAGUGUUAUUCUACCACCUCCUGUAGUCGAUCCAGAGCUGCUUUCUGUUCACUCCCAGGGAGCUGUGUCACGAUAUGUGGUGUCUGUGAACCAUAAAGGCAGUAAGUAUCAUGUGCUACAGCUCUCACCUGGUCCCUUGGCACCGCCCACCCCCUUCGACAUCAUUCUUCCCCCAGCAGCAGCAUUUGUGUCUGACCAGACUACAAUGACUGCUUACCCCGACUUUUCUGUGUCAUCAUGUGGAUGGCAGGCUCUGUUCAGUCUGGUUGUCCAUCCCGAUUUUCUUUGGGAUUGUUGGGGCCCAGGCAAUUUGGGUGAAUUUUCUGAUGUCAGCUCUCUCUGGAAGUGCUGGGAUGAGGGCACGGCUAUUGAGGGAGUUGGUCGCAAGCCUCCAUUGCGGAUGGUGGAGACUGAAUGGGGUUCUCGCAAGGACAAGCGGUCAAACAAGGGACACCAUGCUGCAUGGCGUCCUCGCCAAAACACCACUGCCUGUCAAAAAUGGUCUCAAUUUCAGUUUUUCAUCAGUCGAAUAGAGACCUCCAUUAGCACUGGGCUUACAGCCUCGCAAGCUGUCCAAGUUCUUGAAGAUACACGUCUUACGUUCUCAAUGCCGCAGCUUCAUCGCAAACUCCAAACAAAGCGGCAGAAGAAGGGCAAGGUAGGUGGCCCUUGCCCUGAGUCUAGUGCUCCCUCCUCUGGGGAUGUCAUCAUGGCCACUUAA